AUGACAGGUGGCGAGCACCUUGCUCUUCUCUUUGUUGUCGCCUGUUGGCCAUCAUGGCUGCCAGGUUUCCCCUCCGGCGCGGGACACCGGGUCUUCGCUCCUCUGCUGGCCGGGCAGACUGUCAACCCGUUACUGCCGCUGCUGCUCGCCGGCAAUGAUACAGCAAACACGGACGUGGAAUCAUGUACUGAGAUGGACUACUUCUAA